UAUCACCAAUUUCUAGAAGCGUUGUUUAAAGAAUGUCGUUUAUAAAUUGGAAGAAAUGUUUGACGGGACCAAAACAUCUUCUUAAACUAAUCGCGAUUAUUUUGUGUUUGUGUGUUGCUUGUUAUCAGCUUUCAGAGUGUUUCUCCAAAAUUCUUCACCCACCAGUUUCGACUUAUUACAACUUUGAUUUAAACGAAACUUUAAGUUUUCCCGCUUUAACAAUAUGUAGAAACCCAGCGUUUAAAACUGGCGUUUUAUCGAAAUACAACAUAAGUUCUGGCGGCCCAAAAUAUUCACAAGCUUGGAGAAACUUUCAAUUUUCGAAAUAUAAAAUGCAGGAUUUUUUUGAUGAGGCAACUUAUUCUAUAACUGAAGUUUUUCCUUUAUACGGUUUCGAUACUUUAACAGCGAAUGUUAUAACAUCGUCGUUUUUACACGCGGAGUUAGGGAAAUGUUUCGUUUUUACCCCAGUUAACGAAACAACUUCUUGGUCAUCAACGGGAUAUUCGUUUUACUUGAACCACACAGAAACAGAACGAAAAUUAAGUAAAUACGGGGUGUCUUUAUCGGGAUAUCACGUCCAUAUUCACGAUAGAAAAGACGUUUAUAUGAUCCCAAAAUUCAUUGAUCACAGCUCCGAUUAUUUUUAUAUUGAGAACGGAGAGGAUGUUCGCUUAAAUUUACGCGUCCAAAGUUUUAUUCAAUUAUCGAGAAAAGAAGAGUUUUGUAACGAUUCUUAUGAUUACAGUAAAUCUUUAUGUGAAACUCGAUGUUAUUUUAAAAGGAUAACUGAAGAAAUUGGUUGCAGCACGCCGUGGUUGGUUAACGAAAAUUUACCUCAAUGCGAUACUUACAAUAAAACGAAAGACUUAAUUAAUUUAUACGAUGGCGCUGGAAAAGAUUAUAUAAAACAAUGUAAUUGCCCAAAAGCUUGUCGAAUCAAUGCUUACACUUCAUUUUUAGAAAAUCGCCGCGAUAUCGAUUUACCACGAAGUGAAUUAUCGAUAACUUUCUCGACGAAUAUCGUAACGUUGAUGAAAGAGAUUCUCGGUUACGAUUGGAAUUUAUUUUUAUCGGAUUUGGGGGGUUCUUUGGGUUUCCUACUAGGAAUAUCGGUAAUUGGAAUAAUUGGAACGUUGGAAAAUUUUAUUAACGCCAUUCGGAAAAAUAACGAAGAAUUAUCGCUUAAUUCAAAAUCGAUGGCAAAUGUAAACGAAGUCGAAACCAUUUACGAUAUAAAAGAAAUGAAGAAAAUUAAACCUAACAAAGAAUUUGUUAUUGAUAAUAACAAUCAGUAUAUACCACAAAAAGAAACGCACGAUUUCGUAUCUAUUAAUAAGUAUUAA